GGUUGGGAAUUGCGACCCCUGACUGGCCGAUUUUUUCUUCUUAACUCUUCCAUUAUUUAAGAUUUAUGUAGAUAUAAGAAAUCAAAAUAGUCGUCCAGAAGAGGAAAUGAGCUUCUACCGUAGGCGAGCUGAGUCCUAGGGGGCCCCUCCUCACCCUCCAUCUGGCUCUCGAUCAAGUUCGCGGCUGAUGCUUGUACCGGGCUUGCCCUUGUUUCUUUUCCUUCACUUUUGCAGUGCGCCCGCUUGGGUAAUUUUGUUUGAUUUUUCUUUUCCCCCUUUUUCCCUUCCUCCCUCUUCAAUGGUGUUCAUGUCGGCAGGUUCCGACCCGUCAUUUUGUUGGCACACGAGCACAUGGAAAGUGAUCGAGUUAGAUCUACCCAGAUCCCGUGCCUUAUGCCCGUCAUCCAGGGACUGCCUCUGCUGGGGUCCUCGACAGCUGGGUCAGCGAACUUGAUAAGCUUGGAACCAAGGUUGCAGCUCCAGGACCCUCUUUCCUGGGUCGAAUGGUCUAGACCUUCGGUAAUCGAGAGGAGGACUUGGAGGACGAUGAAGAUUGGAGGGUGGGAAGGGAGGAGGGAACAAAGAUAGAACAGAGAAGGGGGAAGGGGGGGAAACGCGGGGGAGUCCGAUCAGGACGCCAUCUUUCAGCAGCAGGGCCACAUAGCGUUCGAGUGUCAAGACAUAAUACAUUUAUGGGGCUGUGGUGGGAACGGGGCCAAGGCCUGUCCAUUAUGACAAGGCCUGCUUGACCUGCCAGGCUCAUGUAUUUGUGGGCGGGCUUAUGUCAUAGGAAGUCGUGGCCCUCCAGACGAGUCCACACUUCUGUCACCCCGGGGCCUUGCAGUUCCGUUCGCUUUUCCGACACGAUUCGGUCCUGACGAUAGGUUGCUUGACAGCUACCGGCUGGGACCCGGUGAGCUAUGAUUGAACGAAAAUGGCGUCAAGGGACCUAAAAGGCCAAACCGGCAGGGAUUGGCGUACCUGUCUUGAGGGAUUCAUAAAUGGAAAGAAGAAAAAAAGAAGAGAAAAAAAGAACAAAGAAAAGGAAAAAAAGAGAAAACGAGAAAACGAGUACGAAGGAGGCCUUCUGACACGUGCGCAUCGUGAGUCCCUAAUUCAGUAACCCGACAAGGUUGGCAUUGUGGUAACAGAUGGACGGACUAAUCCCUUCGAACCUCUUCCAUUGUCUCUCCUACUUGUCUCAGCAUCGAAAUUCUGAUGAGACCUAAGG